AGAAUACUAUGCUUAGUACAGAAAUUCCUGACCCUUAAAAAAUAGAAGAAGCAUUUAACAUAAUUAUGACCACUAAAAAUCAAUAGAUUGGAAAAGAAGCAGAUUCCUAUUUAAGAAAUUUAGAAUAAAAUCAUCCUUAUAUUUUAGUGGCGCUUUUACAGAUUUUUGAGAACAGUUAGGUAUUAACUUUAUUGAUGAUUUUUAAAGGUAUAUUUAAAUAAAUUCUAAUCAUUAUUGCUAAUAAAAAAUAUCAUAGUGAGAAAUUGGAUUAAAAAUUAGAUAAAAGAAAAUCAAAAAAUUUAAAUAAUAUCAGAGGAGUUGAAAAAUCAUGUUAAAGAUAAAAUUUUGUAAUUUUUGGCGGUUGUUUAGGAUGAAAAAUUUAAAAAAGAAAUCAAUUUGAUUCUUUCUGUAAUUGCUAAGCAUGAUUUUCCUUUAAAAUUUUAAGGAUUAGUAAAUUAUUUUGUUUAAGGACUUCAAACUAUUAUAUAAAGUGGAUCCACUAAUUGCACUCUUACUUAUGAUUUAAUAGUUUCAUUAAAAAUUGUUGAGAAAAGUGUUGUAUAAAAUAGAAAUAGUAUUUGUAUAAAUUUACUUAGCUUUUUGGAGACUUUAAUAAGAAUAAUUUUUUUUAGCUAUUUGGAAUAAUUUAAUACUUCUUUGGAAAAAUGUCACCUCGAUUUAAUAGCAAGAAUUACAAUAAAAUAUAAACAAUAAUUCUUAAAUUAAUAAAAUUUCCAAAAAGUUAGACAGACUAUUAUCAUUAACUAUAAUGCCUCUACAAUUAGGAUAAAAUUAGUAAAAAUAUAUUGAUUUAAUUUUAGUGAGAAAAUAGAAUUAGUAUUUAUGUUAUUGUUAGAGAAAACAGUCUUUUAAUUAAAAAUAGUCUAACAAUAAAAGUUAUUAUAAUCAAAUUUUAAAACUCUGCUUCAUUGCUUGGGUAAUAUUUAAAGUCUUUUCUCACUUUGUAUCAUCUAAGGUUUUUAAGAUUAUUUGAUAUUGUUAAAAUUAAUAAUAUAGAAUGAAUGGGAGGACAAAAGAGUUUUAAGAACAGGAUUAAUUGGAAUUAUCAAAAUAUUAAAAAGCUAUUUCUAAUUUAAAAAUGAGAAAAAUUAUAAUAUUAAACUUUAAGAUACAAACUAAGAGUAAUUUAAUUAAAAAAUACAAACUGCCAAUUAACUCUUUAAUUAGUUUUUCUAGGAAAAUAUGUAAUUUCUAAUUGAAUAAAUUAUAAAAAUUGCAGCAAUUCCAAGUGAUCUUAGUGAUGAAGAACUAAUUGAAUAAGAGGAAGAUUCAACAUAAGAUGAUACAUAAAAUGAAAUGCAUUGUCCUAUAUUUACAAUUUGCUUAAUGUGUCAAUACUAGUUGAUGUAAAGAUUUCCUGAUUUAUUCAUUCAAAAAAUAACCCAAAUUAUGUAAUAGUUAAUAAAUAAUAAUUUUAAUGCAAAUUAAUAAAUUUUGGAAAGCUUUUUUGCAAUAUUGGGAUAGACACCAAAAAUUACAACAAAACUGAAGAUCUAGCCCAUCUAAAUUUAACCUGUUUUAUAAUAUUUAAUAAAGGCAAACACAAUUUAAAGUUAAAGAAGGUUUGCUUUUUUAUGUAGAAGCUAUUGUAAUUGUUUUAGUGAUUCUGAAUUACCUUAAAUUUUAGAAUAUUCUCGACUUUUAUUAAGCAGUUCAUAAGAUUAGAUAGUUUAAUAUUAAACUUUGAUGUGCAUUAAGAAUAUUAUUAUUUGUUUAGGGUAGAAUUUUGAUUUUAAGAAUAUUUAAUUUUUUGAAUAAGUUGCACCUGUAAUCGUUAAAUUAUUAUGCAAUUUAUAAAAAUCUAGCAUUUUAUGGCCUUUGUUAUCCCUAUUAGAAACUCUUAUUUUAAAAUAUUCAGAAAAAAAUGCUAAUUCUAUGUAAAUUUUAGUUAAAGUCAUUGAGAACUCUGACAUAAUUUUAUUAAUGAGGACAAAAUCAUAAUUGCUUAUAAUAGCAUUAUGUGAUAUGUUUUUUGCUUUAUUUGUUUCUUUUCCUUUAGGAACAAAUUUACAUCAUUUGUAUAAAUUAGCACUUGUUUUAAUAGAAACUAAUUUGGAUUCCAAAGAAAAUAAUAUUUUUGAAUUUUUAUAAUUUUUAUUAUAAGAAUAUGAUCCAGUAUCAGAUGACAAUUCAACAGGUAUUUUAUUUAGCAAUUUUUAUAUUACACAUGAGAAAGUGCUGAUGAAAGAUAUUGAUUUUAAUCACAUGUAAACUAUAUUAAGAGUUAUUGAAGAACUCUUGUUGUUAAAUCUUAUUUAAUUAUCUCCAAAUGUAUUCAUUCUUCUCUAAGAAAGAUUACAAAUUGCUUAAUAAAUAGAAUCCCAUAAUGCUGCUCUUAUUUUAAAGAAGAGUUGCAUAAGUUUAUUAGAAACGAUAAUUUUGAAACAAUAUGAAAACAUCACUAUUUAAUAAAAUUAAUAGAUUAUUAUAUUUUUAAUCUAAGAAUUGAUUAAAUUAAAUGUAGGUGAUUAAGUUGAUAAUAUGUAUUACACAAUUUAAUACAAGAAUAAUAUUUUGGAGAUUCUUAAUAGGUUUAUUCUAAAGGAUGUAACGAGUAUGAUUUAAUUAUUAAAUUCUGUGUAAGUAUCAAUAGAUUAAUAUUUUAUUCUAUGGUAAGAGACAGCUUAACAUAUUACUUGUAGGGGAAACAAGAAAAUAAAUAUAAUUUCUUAAUUGCUAUUCAUACAAUAUCUUUAAAAGUCUACAUUUGAAAAGGUUUUUCAACUUGUACUAUAAGAUGCAUUUCCUGAAAUCGAUUAUGAUUUUGAACUCAAAUCUAAAGAGUUUAGAGAAUUGCAAUAACAAAAUAAAAAAAAAUAAGCAAAUUCGAAAUAAAUGAGAUUAUCUAAAUAGUAUAGAAAAAGUUAUCGGAAGGAAAUCUUAUAAGAACUUUGCUUAUAUGAUGACACAUUUAAUUUAAGAUAGUUUUUCUUUUAAACAAUACAAGUAUUUAAUUUAUUUUAUUUUAGGAAUGCAUGAAACUUCAUAAUUAUACAGAGUUAAGUUAGAUUGUAAAUAUUCCAUCUGUAAUAGAGUAAUUAAAUCAAUUGUUAAAUGAAAAAUGAGAG